CUUUUUCCUGCUAGGUGGCAACGUCACAUUGCGGAAAUUGCCGCUCGAUUUUGGCGCAGAUUUUUGGCGUCCUCGGGUUUCGGGUAUUAGUAGUUUCUGAACUCGACGUCGCACUUCAAUAAUGUCGAAGAAAUUGAAUACUAGUGCUGGCGGCACGCCAACAAAUACAUUGUUUAAUUACUUUGCCAAAUCACCGGCAAUAGACAAAAAGAAACUCACGCCCAGCAUUGCAAACGAAGCUCAGAAGGAAAAUCUACAGAUUGGAAAAUCCAAGGAAAUAAAGAAGGAAACUGAAUCGAAGCCGGCAGCCAAGCGCAAGCUGGCUGUCUCCGAGUCUCCUGCUGAUGAGGACAGUGACAUAGAGGAUAAGAUUGGCAAACGCAAGCGCAAGCGAAUUGUGGUUCCCGAAUCGGAGAGCGACGAGGAAUACGAAUCAAAGUCGGAGACGGACUUCUCUGAGGAUGGUUCGGACUAUGAGCCAAAUGAGAAGGAUGCGGCCGCAAGUGAAGAGAGCGAGAGUGGCGAGGAAGAAAAGGAAGAGAGCGAAACUGAGGAGGAACCCACGCCAAAGAAGCAUCGCAAGAAGUCAGCCAAAAACCACAUCAACAACAACAACAAUAACAAUGAGCCCGCCAGCAAAAAGGCCAAAUUGGAUGAACCUGUCUUGGCAGCAGGUGGCACAUUUCUGGAGAAGCUGCAGCAGCUGCAGAGUAAUGCUAAGAAGGAUGCUGCCUACGAUGAUAUUGUGACUGUCACAUCCAAUUUGGAUGAGCCUGUUGUCUGGCCACAUCAGAAGCUGGAAUUCCUGCAGCCCGACAAGAUUAAGGACAAGGCUGGCAGGCGACCGGAUCAUCCUGACUACGACAAGAGUACGCUGCAUGUGCCCGAGAAGUUUCUCAAUGGAUUGUCGCCCGGAGUGCGUCAAUGGUGGAUUCUCAAGUCGGACAACUUUGAUUGCGUGCUCUUCUUCAAGGUGGGCAAGUUCUAUGAGCUGUAUCACGGCGAUGCCGACGUGGGCGUUAACGAGCUGGGAUUCACCUAUAUGCGUGGUGAAUUCGCGCACUCUGGCUUCCCAGAAAUCUCCUUCGAUAAGAUGUCCUCCAUAUUGAUAGACAGGGGCUAUAAAGUGGCGCGUGUGGAGCAAACAGAGACUCCGGACAUGAUGACGGAGCGUUGCAAACGCAUUAAACCCACAAAAUUCGACAAGGUUGUGGCCCGUGAGAUUUGCCAGAUUACGGAUCGUGGUACUCAAGUGUUUGGCUCCCAGUGUGCCAUUAGACCCAAUCAUCAGCCCAAUUAUAUGCUGGCACUGGUGGAGCACGAUGAGGGCAGCAACAGCAAGUAUGGCAUCUGCUUUAUAGACACCUCCAUUGGUGACUUCCAUGUGGGCGAAUUUAAAGAUGACAAGAGCUGCUCACGUCUGUUGACUCUGCUCUCCCAUCACAUGCCCGUCCUGCUACUCCAUGAGAAAUCCGCGCUGAGUUUGCGUACACAGCAAAUCCUGCGCACUGUGCUGGGCGGCAUACUCAAGGAGCAGCUGCCCAGUUCCGGAGCACAACUCUGCAGCGCUGAGAAGACGCUCAAGUUGCUGGCGGAACGUUACUAUGCAGGCACUGGAGCUGAGGACAAUUGGCCGCUUGUGUUGCGCAGCAUGCAGUCGGACACGGAUCACUUGGGACUCACACCCGCCGAUCCCUUCAAGCUGGCACUGAAGGCGCUUGGUCAGUGCAUUCACUAUAUAGCCAAGUGUAAGCUGGAGCCUAAAGUGCUGCCCAUGGCGCGUUAUCAGCUUUAUGUUCCACCUGAUGAGCAGCAGGCAGAGAAUAUUCCCUCAGCUGUGAUUGCUACAUUGCGUCGCUCACACAUGGUACUGGAUGCCACCACAUUGUCCAAUCUGCGCAUUAUUGGUGAAGAACAUUCGCUAAUGUCCACGCUGGAUCAUUGCUGCACCAAAUUUGGGAAGCGACUACUUCAUCAUUGGCUCUGCGCUCCCAGCUGCGAUUUGUCAGUCAUACGGGAGAGACAGGAGGCAAUUGGCGAACUCCUGCGUCGUCCCGAUGAGCUUCAAGAGCUGCGCGCAUUGCUGGCGCCCAUGCCGGACUUUGAGCGCCACUUGGCGCAAAUCCAUCUGUUCGGAAACAAGCGCAUUUCCCAGGCAGAUCAUCCAGACUCACGGGCCAUUCUCUUCGAGGAGAAGCUGUACAACAAACAGAAGCUACGCAGCUUCAUGGCCAUCUUGAAGGGUUUCGAAACGUUGAUGAAGUUGCCUUCUAUGUUCCGAGGAUCCGAAACGUCGCUGCUGAAGCGCUUGACUCAGUUGCCAGGCGAAGAAGGAGGCAGUUUUCCUGAUCUCAGCAAGCAGCUAAAGUUCUUUGAGAACGCUUUUGAUCAUGAUGCAGCUGACAAGACGGGAGUGGUUGCACCACAGCCUGGCAUUGAUGCGGACUAUGAUGAAGUGCAGGAGCGGAUUGCCGACAUUGAACAGCGCCUAAAGACCUAUCUAAUUGAGCAGGAGCGUCACUUUGGUUGCCGUGUCAUCUACUUUGGCUCGGACAAGAAACGCUAUCAGUUGGAAGUGCCCGAAACACAUGCCCACAAGGCGAACAAGUCCUAUGCGCUGGAGGGUCAGGUGAAGGGCAAGAAGCCGGCACGUCGCUACACCACGGCGGAGACAAAGGCACUGCUCAAGGACAUGCAGCAGGCGGAGGAUGCGCGCAACAUUGUGCUCAAGGAUCUGGCGCGUCGCCUCUUCGAAAAGUUCUCCAAUCACUACGAGCAAUGGAAGCAAUGCAUUGACUGUGUGUCCACACUGGAUGUGUUGGCCUCCCUGGCGGAAUACGCACGCCAGCAGCUGGUCAUCUGUGUGCCAGAGCUGGCCUCGGCACAGGCACAACCCUUCAUAGAGCUGGAAGAGGGCUAUCAUCCCUGUGUGAAUGCCUCCACCUACAUACCCAAUGGUCUGCAGUUGGGCACUGCCUCUGAGGCACCGCUGUCGCUGCUCACCGGACCAAACAUGGGUGGCAAGAGCACCUUGAUGCGACAGGUUGGCUUGCUGGUUAUUAUGGCACAGAUUGGAGCCCAUAUACCUGCUGCCAGUUGCCGCCUUUCGCUGGUGGAUCGCAUCUUCACCCGGUUGGGUGCACAGGACGAUAUUCUAGCCGGUCACAGCACCUUUUUGGUGGAGCUCAAUGAAACGUCGCUUAUUUUGAAGCAUGCCACAUCGCAUUCCCUGGUGCUGCUGGAUGAAUUGGGACGUGGCACAGCCACAUAUGAUGGCACCGCUAUUGCCGCCUCUGUGGUCAAUUUUCUGGCCAAUCUCAAGUGUCGCACCUUAUUCUCCACGCAUUAUCACAAUCUGAUUGAUUUCUUUCAUGCGGAUAAGAGAAUUACACUGGGUCACAUGGCCUGUAUGGUGGAGAACGAGGACAACACGGAUCCCACGCAGGAAACAGUCACAUUCCUUUACAAAUAUACGGCGGGUGCCUGUCCCAAAUCCUAUGGCUUCAAUGCAGCCAAAUUGGCCGGCAUGCCACAGGGCAUUAUCAAACGUGCCUACGAGCUAUCCAAGAAAGUGGAGGCCAUUGCUCUGCAACGCAAAAUAACAGCCAAGAUUGUGGCAGCUUCGAGUGGAGACGUUGACAAGAAGCAAAUGAAAUUGAACAACUUGAAGGAUUUGCUGCAGCAGUUGAGAAUGUGUCACGUCUGAACGAUCAAGCCAAUUAUUACCUAAGAUCAGCUCGAGGCUUAACAACAUUUAAACAAAUAUUUUCGUCAACUGUUUAAAUAUUUGUGCAAUUUGUUGUCUUAAAUGUUCCGAAUGAUUUUUUUUUUGUACUUAGUUUUAACAUAUUACGUAUACGUUGCCAUUGGAAUGCCAUAGAUUGUUGAAUUAUAUGCAGUAUUUUCACUUAAACAUUAUUUGUUAAAUAUAAGAAUCAUAUUGAAAAAAGCAUAAUGAAUCUUUGA